AUGUUACAGAAGUUGAAGCUGCUCCUCGGGGAGGGUGUCAUUCCCUCGGCAAUAUUGACGGACAAAGAGGGUGGUCUAAUGAGACCUGUUGCCGAGGUUUUUCCAAAUUCCAGACAUUUGCUAUGUACUUGGCAUAUCAACAACGACAUGGAGGCCCGCGUAUCAUUUUUGUGCAACAAGAACAAGGACGUUGGUCGAGCGUUCAAGAACGGAGUUUGGAAAAGAAUCAUGGAGGCGUCGACUGUGGAAGAAUAUGAUCGUGCAGUUGCAAGCAUGGAAGAUCGCUAUGUAAGAUGGCAGAGCGUUAUCGAUUAUGUGCACAACACAUGGCUUACUGAUCAUAGGCAGAAGUUUGUUCUAGCUUGGACGAAUGAGGUCCUUCACUUUGGCAACAUAACGACUUGUAGGGUCGAGAGUCAACACUCUGUCGUAAAGAGUUGGCUUGGAAGUUCGCAAGGGUCAUUGGACACUGUUUUUAGAAAAGUGCAUGCUUCUAUCAUUAACCAAGUUACAGAGAUUAAAAAUGGAUUAGAGAGUUCAAGGCGGCGACAUGGUGCGUUAUUCAAGAGUUAUCUAUACCAACACCUUGUUGGUCGUGUGUCCCAUCAUUCUUUGGAGCUUAUUUUGGAAGAACAUACGAGGAUGCGACAGUUAAGUACCGAAGUUUUUGAGAGGUGUGGUUGUGCUAAAUUGUCCACUCAUGGACUCCCAUGUGCUUGCAACAUAUAUAUGGCGGUCCAAGGUGGAGUUGGUUUGUAUCUUGACCUUGUCCAUCGAUUUUGGAGGACCUUGGAGAUCGGAGAUGGGGCGGACAUUCCUGAGUUUGUGGAGGAGUCCGCACAAGUCGUUGAGCUAUUCCGAUCCCUUGUCGAUGACGUGUUAGCUCGAGAUAUUGCAGUUGUCCGAGAUAUUUCGAGAAUCGUUCACGAUGAGUUGCAUCCCGAGAAUGCGGGUUUUGAGGAACCGGGACCCAACUUAACUAGGAGAGGUAGACCAAGGAAACAAAGAAACUCCACUACAAGGAAUCUCAGUUUUGUCGAACAUGUGCGUAAUAUGGGUCCUCGUCGGAGUUGUGAUCAAGGGUCGUCGUCAAUGAGCACCCAACAAACGAGGUCUUCAUUAGGAAGCUAUAUGAGCAUUGAUCUAAUCCCGCCUGGUUUCAAAGAGUGGUUACCUCAAUUCAUGUUGCAGUAUAUUAGAGGAUACUGUGAUGUAAUCCCUGACGGGAACUGCGGAUUCCGAUGUGCCGCAGAGUUUUUCUUGGGUGAUCAAGAACGAUAUGGUGAGAUUCGAUCAACGCUUGUUGGAGAGAUCGGAAAGCUUGAACAAUACCGCCAUGUAUACCGUCCUGAUUCUAUUGCUAAUGUCUCGUGGCGUAUAAAUUGGAGAGGUGGACAGUGUGGAGAGGAACAUUGGAUGAUUACCGAUUGUGACUUGUGGCCUCUUGCCACACACUUCAAUGCAGUCGUUGUCAUCUUGAGUAUCGGCAAUCGUGGUGGUUUAUUUCCUAACUUCACUAUUCUUCCAUUGGAAAACAGGUAUGAAUCCACGAGGCCAACCAAAGAGAUCGUGUUGGCAUUUGUAAAUACCAAUCACUAUAUUCUUCUGGAUUUGACUCCUGAUUUUCCGUUACAACCCAUACCACCGCGUUGGAGAGAAUUGGCAGAUUACAGCGUUCUUGAAUGGGAAUCAAGAUAUCAGACUAGGAGACAAGCUUGGGAUCAAUAUUCAGAUGAGUUUAAUUUUAGGAGGGGUAGAUCAUAG